ACCCAGCUCUGCAGAAAAUCUGUCACCCUCACCAGCUGGCGAUUUCUACAUGAAUAGCUCAUUUGCUACAGGUUUAUUUGAUCGAAUAUAAGUUUCGUAAUUCUUAAAUUCUUACGUGUACAAUUUAAGUAGGACAAUUUUGUAUAAUGUCUUGGCUAUUUUUCCACAUUUACCAUCCUACAGUAGGUGUCGGCAUGCAUCUCCAACGCUUGUUUGCGGACUGUCAUAAUACCAUAGAAGAAGAAGAAGAAGAAGAAGAAGAAGAAGAAGAAGAACGAUAGGCGGGAGCUAGACAGACAACGAGUCCAAUUUUAGGGCGCAGAGACGUGUAUCUUGUCAGUAUAUCCAUCGUCUUUGGUCAAACACAGAAACCGGUUUCUCUCUCCUGAAAUAAGGACAUCUGUCCUUGAGGUGGAUAGAUAAAAGUAUCGGGUGACAUUAGUAGCAUAUUCGGGAUUGGAUGCUGUCAUUAAUGGUUAAAACACAUCUCAUCAGACAGUGUCUGUUCACUGCGAAGAGAGAGAGAGAGAGAGAGAGAGAGAGAGAGAGAGAGAGAGAGAGAGAGAGAGAGAGAGAGAGAGAGAGAGAGAGGGGGAUAGAGAGAGAGAGAGAGAGAGAGAGAGAGAGAGAGGGUGGUAUGUGUGUCAUCUCGAUAGAGCCUCCCACCAGCGACCCGGUAUAUACGGUGAGAGCGGCGGCUGUCGGCUGUACAGAGGAGUGAUUGGGAGAUAUAGAGAUACAUCGUACCGAGUGUGCCGGCUCUGGCCCUGGCUACAGCCAUGCCUCUUCUGGAAGAGACCACUGUGCCUCGAGAGCAUCCCCCCACACUGCCUGUGGUCAUCAUAGGUAACGGGCCAUCAGGUAUCUGCCUGUCCUACCUGCUGAGUGGCUACAAGCCCUACCUGGACCCUUCAGCUGUUCACCCAAACCCUGUUCUGUACAGGAAGUUACAGGAGACCAGACACCUGCCCAUCACUGAACAGGAUCUGGAGUAUCUGAGUGAAGGUCUGGAGGGGCGGUCAGGAAACCCUGUAGCGGUGCUGUUUGACACCCUGCUGCACCCCAAUGCGGAUUUUGGCUACGAGUUUCCCCCUGUGCUACAGUGGAGAAGAGACAAGCAGCAGCACCUCCCUCACCUGGUGCUGGGCAGGGCAACGCCUGGAGGGGCCUGGCACGUGAUGGAGGGCUCCAUGCUGACCAUCAGUCUGGGCAUCUGGAUGGAACUGCCAGGGAUCAACUACCGAGACCUGACUAACAAUGGCAAAUGCAGGGGCGUGACCAACGACCGGGCCACUCCAGAGGAGAUCUCGUCUUACUACCGUAACUACGUCAAGCUGAUGGGCCUGAAGCAGAACUUUGUUGACAACACCUACGUGACCUCUGUGCAGAAACUUUUCCGUGGACCCGAGGGGAAGGGUCUAGAGAAUGGCCAUGGAGGGUUGGGGGAGGGGGGAAAGGGGGUGUACGAGGGGAGGGAAAGUGAGGGUGUAGAUGAAGGGGGAGGUGGGGGCCUGUGGGAGGUGAGGGGGUACCAGCGGGUGCAGGGCGACACCCACGUUCCUUUCUGCCUGUUUUCAGAGAAUGUAGUUCUAGCCACGGGUGCGUCUGAUUCGCCAGCUCAGCUGGGUGUGGAGGGGGAGGAGCUUCCCUUCGUGUUCCACAGCAUCUCUGCCCUGGGAUUGGCUGUGAGCCGGAAGAAGCUUGGGCCAAACUCUGAUCCGGUGCUGAUUGUGGGGGCGGGGUUAAGCGCGGCGGAUGCGGUUUUGUGCGCUUGUAACAACAACAUUUCCGUGCUGCAUGCCUUCCGCAAACACGUAGACGACCCAGGCCUCAUCUUUAAACAGCUACCCAAGACCCUCUACCCAGAAUACCACAAGGUCUACCACAUGAUGCACUCCCAGACCCACGCAACACCAAACAUGGCUGCCACCUCCACCACCAAUGGCCUUCCCAGCAUGGCCGCCUCAGUCUGCUUCAAGAUGUGCUCCAAGCCCCAACCCACCACAACUAACAUGGCCGCCAGUGGUGGUCCCGUUCUGUUCCCUGACUACACCAGCUUCCCAGAGCACUGCGUGGAGUCCUUCCAGCCAGACAUGAAGUGUGUCCUGCAGGGGAACAACUCCCUCAAGGCCUUUAAGAUCUCCAUGGCCCUGGUUUUGAUCGGCACCCAUCCCAACCUGUUCUUCCUCAAGGGCCAGGGCCAGUACCUGGGACUGGACCCCACCAAACCCAUCUCCUGCAAGCAGAACCCUGUGGAUGUGCACCCCUACACCUUCGAGUGCACCAAGGACCCAGGACUGUUCGCCAUGGGCCCGCUGGUGGGAGACAACUUUGUUCGCUUCCUAAAGGGCGGUGCUCUAGGCAUUGCCUCCUGCCUGCUCAAGAGACUGAAGAAGAAAGGCAAGCUGAUCGCAGAAGGGGGAGGAGUAGGAGGGGAGUUUAUCUAGGUGAAGUGUGGAUAGAGAGGCACGAGGUGGUGAAUGAGUUGGAAGGGAGAGAAAGAGAGGAGGAAGAGGCAUCUUUAUUUCAGCGAAGGGAGAAAGGAGAUGAAGGAGGUGGAGAAAGGGAGGAGAGGAAGGAGGGGGUUCAUCUUAGUAAAAAUAGCUACUAUAACCAAUGGAGUUCUGAGUUAAAAGGGCAAAGCCAAACAGUACAUUUUUAAAUAUUUUAUUGUUUGCAGUGGACAUGCCUAUUUGAACUCUGAAGCUUUCUUACCACUUCUGAGAGAACUGAAAACAAUGGAAGUGGAGGCAGGCUAGUUACAGUUCAUGACCAGGUUCAGCCCACCACCUGUUACAGCUCCACUGUUCUGGUUUCUGCUGGGAAGCUGUCACAGGGUUUAAUGUCCUCUAUCCAGAAAUCCAAUCUGCAGUGUGACAAUGUUUUUUAAGUCAUAUUUCUGACAUUUUGUAAUGUCUUGAGUUUUUGUUAUUUGCUCACCUUGUCUUUCAUGCAAGUGCAUUUUCUGAUUUCUCAUCUACUUUAAACAAUUGUUCUACUAUUUCUCUGAUGGCCUUUCACCAUGCAAUGGACUGUGAAACACUACAACUCCCCUUUAAAGCCUCAAGGAAAUGGAACUUUGUAGAGAUAGGCCCAUAGCUGCUAUAGUGUUUCUGCCAUCAUCUCAAUUCUGAGUUUCUCAUCAGUGCCAAGCUUCAGACCCCAAGCAGUACCUGGCAGACCAGGAUGUAAUGGGAACGUUGAAGUAACAGAUGAAUCAAAAACCCCAUCAACAUCCUAAUCAGACGAAGUAGAACUAACUCACUAUGGUUGGAGCGCUCCACUUAACGCUUUUCCUACGCAAACCCUUCCACUCACACACCUGACCUGAAUGUAUUCUGGAUCAGAUAACUCAUUGCUAACUUACUGUACAUGUCAGCCUGAUUUCAAACAAUGGGGCAUAAAGAGUUCUCUAUUGAUGUUAGACCAUAACAAAAUGCCAAAUAGUGUUUUUUAGACACACUGAAGUCAUGCAGAUGCGCGUGACUCUUGGCCGCAGUAAGAAAGCCAUCGCCAUCAACAUAGCCUAGAUUUACGAUAUUACUCACAACAAAAUAACUUUUUGGGGUCUCAUAUGCUUACCGUGAUGUUUUGAUUCUAGCUGGAACAGUCGCUAAGUUUAUAUCUGGCUGUGAUCUUUGAAAAAUAACUAUUUUGGAUGCAGCAGUUGUUAGCUAGAAUGCUAACGCUCAUUGACAUAGGAUAUAGCAAAACAUAGCUAAAUAGACAUUUUACUGGUUGAAGUUGAAGUGUUUUUUAAGUAUAAUGCAGUUGAUUUGGGAUAACACAAACAUUAUAUUAAGCAGGACAUUCAUACGAACUUUAAAAUCCAAUUAUAAUCCAAAAGUAGUGUGAAAUGCACUCAUAAGUAACAUCUACAUAUAGGCUUUUUUGCUGCCACCAAUUUGCAGCAAUGUUAACAAACACAGAAAGGGGUCUAUAAAAUACUACUAGUCGAUGACUCCUGAUAAGUGUACAUUGGAUAAACGCAAACUGUAGGUGCAUUUAUUGACGUCCAUCAGUCUGAAUACAAAACUGCUAGUCCAUUGCAUUUAUCAGGAGUUGACCCUAGCCUAUUGAAGUCCUAAUGACUGUUAAAUGCACAUUUUCUGGUUGCCAUUAU